AUGCCUGGAUAUUUGAAUGACAUCAACGUUGUCAACCGGUCACCACUGAUGAGUAAGUUUGCAAAUGGUGAACUGCCACUAGUGCAGUUUGUAGCUAAUGGUCGUACAUACAACCAUGACUACUAUCUUGCGGAUGGCAUCUACCCAAAGUGGCAAACAUUUGUGAAGCCGCUGAAAAAACUGGAAGCACCGGCGCGCCGCCGCGCGACGGCUGUGCUGCACCUGCACUGUCCAAGAAGCGCCGCCACCUCACAUGCCAACCAAGAAAGUAGCGCUGAAAAGCCCGAGAGCGCCUCGACGCCGGAGCAGAGCAAGAGGGCGGUGGUGAGCUACUGGGGCAUCGAGCCGCGGAAGCUCGUCAAGGACGACGGCACGGAGUGGCCGUGGUUCUGCUUCAGGCCGUGGGACACGUCCAUCGACGUGACCAAGCACCACGAGCCCAAGGCCCUGGCGGACAAAGUGGCCUACUUCGUCGUCAGGUCGCUGCGCGUGCCCCGGGACAUCUUCUUCCAGCGGCGGCACGCGAGCCACGCGCUGCUGUUGGAGACGGUGGCGGCCGUGCCCCCCAUGGUGGGCGGCGUGCUGCUGCACCUGCGCUCGCUCCGCCGCUUCGAGCACAGCGGCGGCUGGAUCCGGGCGCUCAUUGAGGAGGCCGAGAACGAGCGCAUGCACCUCAUGACCUUCAUGGAGGACCACGCCUGCAUUUUACUUCCGCCGCGGUGGUGGGAACGCGCGCUCGUGCUCGCCGCGCAGGGCGUCUUCGUCAACGCCUACUUCGUCGGCUACCUCAUUUCCCCCAAGUUCGCGCACCGCUUCGUCGGCUACCUCGAGGAGGAGGCCGUGGAUUCUUACACCGAGUACCUCAAGGACCUCGAGGCCGGCUUGAUCGAGAACACGCCUGCCCCGGCCAUCGCCAUCGACUACUGGCGCCUCCCCGCCGACGCCAGGCUCAAGGACCUCGUCACCGCCGUGCGCGCCGAUGAGGCGCAUCACCGCGACGCCAACCACUACGCAUCGGACAUCCAUUACCAGGGAAUGACGCUGAAUCAGACGCCUGCGUCGCUCGGCUACCACUGA